AUGGGUGCAGGAGGCGGAGGCGGCGCUGCUCCGGGCAUCAUUUUCGACCAACACCAUCAACAGCAGCAACAGCAGCAGCAGCAGCAACAACAACAACAACAGCCAGCUCCUCCACCACCCCCUCCCCCAGCCCCGCCGCAGCAGCAGCAACAGCUGGGAGGUGUGGGCGGCGGCGGCGGCACUCCGCUAGCCGCGCUGGGCCUGUCGGUGCCGGCGCUGCAGGCGGUCAGCGCCGCCGCGGCCGCCGGGGAGCCCGGCGUGCGCUCGGUGCGCGUGUCGACGCCGCUGGACGACGGGCAGGGCCAGGCGCUGCUGCCGCCGCACGUGCGCGCCGUCGACGCCGAGGCGGGCUUCGUGUGCGCCAAGUGCCGGCUGGCGUUCGCGGCGGAGGCGGCGCUGCUGGCGCACCAGCGCGUCGCCUGCUACGCGGGGCAGGCGGCCGCCGAGCGGCGCGCGGCCGUGCGCCUGGUGCGCGCGCAGCGCUUCGAGUGCACGCUGUGCCCGGCCGCCGACCUGGGCGCCACGCUCGCCGAGAUGGAGGACGUCGUCAACCAGAUCACGCUGCUGGCCGCCCGAGCCGCCGCCGAGAGCACCGACUCGAACGCCAACAUCGCCACCGGCGCGGGCUCCGUCGACGGCUCGGCCGCCAAGGGCAUGGCGGCGGCGCAGCAGAAGCGCUUCUCGCCGGCGAUGCAGCCGCUCGCUGCCGCCGUACCCAGAAGGAAAGAGGGAGAUAGAGAGAGUGAUGAGAAAUUAAAGAAACGGGCCGCCCUCGCAGCUCGGGACGAGGACGGCUCCGCAGAUUUUAAAAAGGGCUCGUCGGGGCGGUGGGCGUGGCGGCCGCCGGGGGCUGAACCGCCCCCGCAGUCGCCCGGCCGCAUCCUCGGCGGGCCUCAUCCCAGCACCCAAGGUUCCUAUCUUUAG